AUGGAGGCAAGUCCAGUAAAAACUUCGCCACUCAAACAGUAUCCGCCCCACUCAAAUCAUCGAGGCUAUCCGCUCAAUGUGCAGCGCCGUGAUAUGUUUAGAUUCAUACGCUGGAAUUUUUGGUUUACCGCCAUGUAUCGUCUGCCACUCGAACGAUAUUUUCCAACUUGGCUCCGUCAAGUGGCCAUCAUUUUAGAUUGGGCUUAUGAACUGUUUUUAUAUUUCACACUGCUACACAUCGACAUACUCUUUAUGUUCACUAUUUAUUUAAAUCAGGAUAAAGGUGACUUGGAGCUGAUAGUCAGUUGUAUGAUACAAACUGUUAUCUAUACCUGGGCGUUGGUCAUAAAAGUUUUCUUCAAGCGCAUACAAUCUAAACGUUUACAAAAUUUAAUGGAAUAUCUCAAUAAUGAGUCUCAAAUGCACUCAGCCGCUGGAUUCACCUAUGUCACAAUGGACGACUCCGCCGCGCUGUCAAACACUUGGAUUACUGUAUUUUUGAUUUGCUGCUAUGCUGGCGUCACAUUUUGGCUAGUUGUUCCAAUCUUAAAUAGAGAUCACAGUUUGCCACUAGCCUGCUGGUAUCCAAUCGAUUACAAGGUUCCAUAUAUUUAUGAAAUUGUUUACUUACUCCAAAUUAUUGGGCAACUACAAAUCGCUGGUGCUUUUGGCUGUACAAGCGCCUUCUAUCUGCUAGUUUCUGUGCUAAUAUCGGGUCAGUUCGAUAUCCUCAACUGCAGUCUCAAGAAUAUAUUAGCCACCACAUAUCUGUAUUUAGGAAAAUCCAAGGCAAAGCUUAUAGAACUGCGCGAACGACAGCAAUUCGCCAACUGUGAGCUCAAUCAAUAUUAUAGCGCUAAAGAAUAUGUCACCGAUCUAGAUUGCCUUCUACAUUUGAUGGAUGUGAGAACUAUGAAACCCAAAAAUUUCCACGCCGCUUUCAAAAUGGCUUUCGUACCAUGUAUAAUGCAUCAUCGCUAUAUACUUGUCGGGCUUCAUGAAUUGGAGAAGCUGUACAGCUUCCUUUGGUUCUUCAAAACAUUAGAAGUAACACUGCUGGUUUGCUUAGUCGCAUUUGCUUGGGUCAAGUCCACUGCUGCCAAUUCGUUCCUUCGUAUUCUCUCACUUACGCAAUACUUGCUCUUGGCUCUCUGGGAAAUGUUCAUGAUCUGUUACUCGGGUGAAAUCGUAUUUGUAAAUAGCCAACGUUGUGAUGAAGCAUUGCAGCGUAGCCCUUGGUACUUACAUUCUCGUGAGAUAAAAAACGAUAUGUUGUUUUUCACACUGAAUGCUCAGCGACCAUUUCGAUUGACUGGCGGGAAGAUGUAUAACUUGAAUGUGGAAAAAUUUCGCAGCAUUUUAACUACUUCCUUUUCGAUUUUGACUAUUCUGCAAAAAAUGGAUCAGAGAGAAGCACAAUCAAAAUAA